AUGAGCGCAUUCGAAAGCCAACACCCCCUCCAUGCCGCAGACCUCGCUCGGCAGGCAGAAAGAAAGUUGAGAGACGACAAGAAAAGCCGACUUGCCCGUAACGCGUCCCAGCCAUGCCUGAUGUCCCAUGCCCUCGCGAAAGCAGGCAGCCCCGAUAAGAAGACGCUGGACGCGGAAGACUUUCGGUUCCACGCGGUCAGGGAGGUAGCGUACAAGAAACACCAAGACAAGACGCCCAAGAAAGGAGGGAUGAAGAAGGUGUUCUCGGAGAUCGGGAGCUUGAGCAAGGCCUUUCAAGAGGCGCUUGCGGAGGAGGCAAGGGGAGGAGCGAUGGACGACGGCGACCAGCUCUCGACCAUCCUGGAGGACGUGUUCACCAACGACGAGGGUCUGGUAGCGAAGCCUUACCUCGCGUGGGCGUGCAAUGAGCUGGGGGUACAGCACAUGUAUGCUGCCUUCGAGAAGAGAGUCGACAAGGCCAGACUGCUGGCCGGGGAGGAGGGCGAGGAGGAGGGCGAGGAGGAGGGCGAGGAGGAGGAGCUGAGCUUGGAGGACAUGAUCCGAGACUCAUGUAGCUCACAAGCAGGAGACGAUCUGAAGUCUGCACUUGCUGAGAUGAUCGCAUGA